CUCACCUUUCAUUUACUGAUAGUCCCACCUCCCACCUUUGAGUAAUCUCGAAGUAAUCAACCUUUGUAGGCUAUUCCCUUUCCUUGCAUUGUUACCGUCGGUCUCUCCGUUCACUUUUGAGUCCACCAUUGUAGAGAGGAGAGAGAAAAAUGGAAGAAUCAGAAGAGAUACUAAUAAAAUCACUGAUAAAUCUGGGAAUUGAGAUUCCACCUCACAUCACUUCAAUUAAAGAGCUUGAUUCUUCAUCUUUCUUCUCAAUCUCUUCACAAUCUCUCCACCUCCUCCUUCACAACACCAAUACGUCGUCGUUUCCAACCUCAUUGCCUGAUUCCAUGCCAGAAAAGGUCAACUCUUGCUCUCAUUUAGCCUCGCUUUUACACCACUUGUCCUACCCUUUUCAAAUCAGCUUUCACCAGUUCCUGUACCCAUCUGAAGAGGACUUGUAUAAGUUGAUCAGAUUUCUAGUAGAAAGGCUUUCUGAAUCGUCUGAAGCCAGAAAAACUGUGAAGUUUGUGGGUGAUGUUAGGCCGAGUGAUGCUCAACUUAAUUCAACUGGACCUUUGGUGUCCCUGGACAAUCAGAAAGUCAGUGCAAGAUUGCACGAUAUGAGAUCAGAAGGUGAGGCACCAGGAUUGUCGAGCGACAGUGCCAAAGUUCCACCAGUUAAUUUUGUUUAUGAGAAGUUGGAUGUGGAAGCUACAACUGGAAGAGUUGACGAGCAAGAAACAGUGGCGUAUAUUGGAGGCUUGAAUAAGAAGGCUGCUCAAGUUGAGGAAACUGCUGCUAUUACAGAAAUUCGCAAGCCUGAGCAGGAAUCAAUCUCUUAUGAAGAGUUCUCUCCCGAGCCAAGAUGUGAGGUAGAAAGCAUAUGUGGUCAAGAAACAGUAUUCCCUAAGAAGGCUACAGGAAAAGAUCUUGAAGUACACUAUCUAGAGGAAGAACUUGAGUUACUUAAAGAAGCAGUGAAAAUGGCGCUUGAUGAUGAGAGUUCUUUCAGUUCCAUUGCUGAGCAGCUCAGCGAACAAAUAGCCACAAGAAACGAAAACCUUCAAGAAGCAAAGAAACAGUGGGACACAGAUAGGAAUUCUUUAGAAGAGAAGAAGUGGAAUCUUUUGGAGUCCAUUUGUGUGAGUAAGCCUGAUUGUCAGCUUAAACUGCAGAAGCUGAAAGAUAUUGAUACAGAAACGCAUUCGGUUUUAUCUGAAACAAAAAGGAGGGAGGAGGAGUGUGCUAAACUUGCGGGUGAUAUGAAGAAGCAGCCGAAAGUUGCUCCCAGGAAAUCGUAUAUUGAAAGGAUCACUGAGAUCACAAAGAACAGUCGGAAAUUGGACACAGAUAUUGAACGCAUCUUAAAGGAAACAAGGGAGCUUAGGUUAGAGAGUAAUUCGAUCGAGGAACGCCUUCAUCGAACAUAUGCUGUGGUUGACGAAACAAUAUUCAGGGGAGCGAAGAAAGACCCUGUUGGUCGACAAGCUUACAGGCUAUUAACAAACGUACAUGAAAGCUUUGAAAAGAUUAGGGAGCAAAUACUUGCAGCUGAUAAAGCUCAAAGAGAAGUUGCAGAACUUGAAGCUAAGCUUUCAGCAAUUGCUUCCCGGAGUAUGGACAAGGAUAAACUACAAGCUGACUUUGAUGCCAUGAAGAGAGAAAAUGAACAUUUAGAAAAAACCCUCAUGAAUCGUUGAUGUGAACACUAGUGGUACUAGUUCCUAGAUAGUUUCAUCCAGGGAAAAAAAACGCGGUCGCGGUCACGUUCGCGGGAACGGUCGCGUUGUCGCGGGAACGGCUUGUAACGGCGAAAUAGAACGUUUCGCGGCCGUCGCAGCGUGAAUUUUUUAAAAAAAUUCACAUUAAUAUGUUUUAACCUUAUUUGCAUUUUUUUAGUUUAUGAAGCAUUAUUACAACAUAAUAUAAUCAAAUCUAAUAGAAUAUCAUGUUUCCUCAA